AUGGGGAGAAAACUGGAUCUUUCUGGUUUGACUGAUGAAGAAGCAGAGCAUGUGCUCCAGGUGGUUCAGCGUGAUUUCAGCCUCCGUAAGAAAGAAGAAGACAGACUGAGUGAAAUGAAGCAGAAGCUGGAUGAAGAGGGCAACAAGUGCAGCAUCCUUUCUAAACAAGAGAAGUUCAAUGAGCACUGCUGCAUUCGCUGCUGUUCCCCCUUCACAUUUCUUAUCAACAGCAAGCGACAGUGCCAGGACUGCAAGUACAACAUCUGCAAGAGCUGCUGUUCUUACCACAAGAAGGAAAAGGCUUGGAUUUGCAGUGUCUGCCAGCAAGCAAGACUCCUAAGGACCCAGUCCCUGGAUUGGUACUAUAAUAAUGUCAAAAGCCGUUUUAAGUGUUUUGGAAGUGCCAAAGUCCUGAAGAACUUGUACAGGAAGCAUAGACUCGAAAGUGGAGUUUGUCCUGAUGCCAUAGCAGAAGGAAGUUUCUUUGAAGGAAGCUUUGAAAAUGAAGGAAGCUUUUGUGGCAGUGACUCUACAUUCUACCAACAGACAGAAGGACACAGCAUGAUGGAUACCCUUGCUGUGGCCUUACGUGUUGCAGAGGAAGCAGUGGAAGAAGCUAUUUCUAAGGCAGAGACCUACAGUGACAGCCUGGACAAGCAGAACGAGGCUUGUUACUUGCAGGAACACAAGGAUGACCUCAUAGAAGAGCUGGCCACAACUAUUGUGCAGAAGAUUAUAAAGAAGCAGAAAAGCAAAACUGAGCAGGCUGAGGCUGACUUUGAAUGGCCACCAUCCAGGAGCAGUGGCCUGGCUUCUGUUGCUGUCUCAGAUCAGAGCAUGCUGACUUUUCCAGGGAGCCGCAGGGGGUCCUACACGUUAUGGAGGUCUCAGUCUGCAUUUUCCCUGGGUAAUGAAGAUUCUCCCAGUAAAGGACUAGACCCUGCAUCAUCUGUGACUGAGGAUCUUUGGAGGCAGCAAAAAGGACAGUUCAGGAAACAGAAGGAACGCAAGCUCUCUGCCUUACCCAGCUGGAAAAGUGUGGACAGGCUAAAUGAAACAAAUCAUCCCCCCUCUGUUUUUCAAAGCACUGAUGGAAACUGGGUAGCUCUGCAGAAUGUCACUUUGCCUCGUCCUCGAAUGCUCGCCAAACCAAAGAGUCAAGUAUUUGAAGCUUUGGAGAAUGAAUCCAGCAUUGUGUCUGCCUAUGAUGAGAUGGGCUCAGACAGUGAGGAUGACUACGACUGGAAUGUGGCCUUGAACAAGCUGCGUCGGAGACCUCGGCAAUUGCCAGGCGAUUUCUAUUAUACCAAUUCCCAGUAUGGUACUGAAUGGGUUUAUGGCAACGAUCAGUACCAGCCAGUGACCUCCCCUUCCUCUGGAUUAUACACCAAUACUGAGACACUGCUCUCUGACUCUGAAACAUCUUCAGUAAACUCAUCCCAGGAAGCUAAAGGAUCUAGCAAAAUUCUCUGGUUACAAAGCAGGACUCAAAGCGAUAUGCCCAGAGUGGAAAAAAAACAUUUCCAUGGAGAACUGGAUGUAAAUUUCAAUCCUCAGGCAACCAGCUUGGAGUAUUCGGACAGCAGUGAGACUGAAGAAGUCUGCUAUGAUUUAGAAAAGAGAUCAAGAAGGUGGAGGAAGAGCAAAGCAAUUUCUGAAGACUUAUGUGACGGAGAAAACUGCACCAAUCCCAACAAGAUGAAUUUAAGUCAGGAUUUUGAUGAUUUAUCAGAAACGGAUGUAAGCAGUGAAGAUCAGCAUCACAACAUCAAGUCUGAAGUUAUGGAAGAGGAUCUUAAAUCCAGGUUAUUUCAUCUUGCUGCUAAAAUAAGUGACAAGAAAACAUCUUCUGGUGAAGAGCAAGAGUCAGAACCUAGAGCGGACCCUGAAAACCAGAAGGAAGGUUUCUCCUCAGAAGAAAAUGGCAGAAGUAUUCAAGAAGAGUUAAAGAAGGUAAGCAGGAAGGCUUUUGAUCUUCAUUUAAAGUUGCAGUUUUUAUCCACUGUAUUGCAGCAGAAGUACUCUGCUGUCUCUCUCUGCAACAUAUCUACAGAGGUCCUGAAAGUCAUCAAUGCCACUGAAGAGCUGAUAGCAGAAUCCACUGGUCCCGGGGAUUUCCCAGGUGAUGCUCAGGAGAGGGGAAGAGGGACGUUCCCACUGGGGACGGACCCCGUCAGACUCGAUGAGCAGCUCACCACACUGGAAGAAAACGUGUACCUGACAGCCGGCACAGUGUACGGGCUGGAGGGGCAGCUCAGCAACCUGGAGGACGCCGCCCGCAAGAUCAGCAGCGUCACUGCGGAAUCUGAGCUGGCCGAUCUGGAGGAUCAGGUGGCCACAGCAGCUGCCCAGGUUCAUCAUGCAGAGCUUCAGAUUUCGGAUAUUGAGAGCAGGAUAUCGGCUCUCACUGUUGCAGGCUUGAACGUGGCUCCAUGUGUUCGUCUGACAAGGAAACGGGAUGAAAAGCAAACAAACCAGAUGCACACAAUAGACACAUCGAGACAGCAGAGGAGAAAACUUCCAGCUCCACCAGUAAAAGAUGAAAAUCUAGAUGGUUCUCCAGUUACCACUGUCAGAACAUUUAACAGAAACUUCAUGCUUCAAGGAUCUUUAACACAAAGAGCUAAAGAAAGGAAAAGCACUGCCAAGGAUUUAAUGGAACCUGCUUUAGGAUCUGCUGUGAUGUAUUAAACUUACACUUCCCUACUGCCAAUAACACACUGCCUAAGGCUGUACACUCGAG